AUGGCCUUUCAGUGGAAGGCAUUCGACUUCUUCGACGUCAGCCAGGUCCGACUCGCCGACGAGGAGACGCGACUCUUCUUUGAGAGCAACGAGAUCGCUAGUGUCUGCUCCGGCUCGGAUAGUCUGUUUCUCGGCAGCUACGAUGGAUACGUUCGCAUUGUCGGGUCGAGCUGGAAGGUGGUGAAGAGCUUCCAGGCUCAUGAGGUUGGAACGAUUACGCACAUGCGCCAGAUCGAGGGCACGAGUUUAUUGGUUACGGUCGCUGAGGACUUGAGUAGCGAGCCGGUGCUGAAGAUCUGGGCCCUGGACAAGCUGGUCAAGAAGACGAACAUGCCGACCUGCCUGAGCACUUUGCAGAUCAGCAACGGCAAGAAGCAGUUUCCCAUUUCGGCCAUCGACGUCCUCGACAACCUCACCCAAGUGGCAGUCGGCUUCGCCAACGGUACCGUGACCCUGAUCCGAGGCGACUUGAUCAACGACCUGGGCGCUAGACAAAGAACCGUACACGAGUCGGAAGAACCAGUUACGGGCGUCGAGUUAAUGGCUGAUUCCCAGGGCCUUACGACUCUGUUUAUCUCCACAACAGCCCGGAUAUUGAAGUUGAGCAUCUCAAAGAGGGGCCACAGCUCUCCCCCAAAGACUGUUGAGGAUAUGGGAUGCCACGUCGACUGUAUGACGGUCGACAAGAAGACUGGGGACGUAGUCGUGGCCAGAGAAGAUGCCAUCUACACCUACACGUUGGAAGGCAGAGGAGCACCGCGCGCGUACGAGUCGGCGAAACGGUUGGUGUCCAUCUACCAGGACUACGUCGCCCUGAUAUGCCCGCCCUCGUCCUCCUCUACAGACAAACCUGAUACCAUGCGUCGGCGCUUUGGUGGCGGAGCCGCUGACGCUCUCUUCAACGCUUCCACCUUUGUCCUCCUUGAACCGGAUCUCAGAGUUCUGGGGCACACACAGUCUCUGAUUUCGCCCUUCAAGGCCAUCUUUCAGAUCUGGGGUGAUCUCUUCAUUCUCACGCAGGACGGCAAGGUCAACCGGUUCCAUGAGAAGUCAUUACAACAACGCCUCGAGAUGUUGUACCAGCGCAACAUGUUUCCCUUGGCUAUCGAGCUGGCGCAAAAGUCGGGGAUGGAUGUUACGCAGCAGAGCGGCAUCUUCCGACGCUUUGGUGAUCACCUGUAUCAGAAGGCGGACUACGACGGGGCAAUGGUUCAAUAUAUCAAGGCAAUUGAUACGACGGAGCCAUCGCAGGUCAUCAGAAAGUUCCUUGAUACCCAACGGAUACACAACCUUAUUCAGUACCUCGAACAACUACACGAGCACCGCAAAGCAACAUCUGAUCACACAACACUACUGCUCAACUGCUAUGCCAAGCUCAAGGACAUUGACAAGUUGGAAGCCUUCAUCAAGUCACCUGGUGAUUUGAAAUUUGACCUUGAGACCGCAAUCUCGAUGUGUAGGCAAGGAGGCUACUACGAUCAAGCGGCCUAUCUCGCCAAGAAGCACGGUGAAAUCGACCUGGUGGUGGACAUUCUGAUAGAGGAUUCAAAAUCAUACGACGAGGCUCUUGAUUUCAUCUGGCAUCAAGAUCCCGAUGUGGCGUACCCUUGCCUCAAGAAAUAUGCUAGAGUCCUGAUCGAAAACUGCCCGAAAGAUGCGACAACAGUGUUUGUCGACUACUACACGGGCAAAUACCGACCGAGACUGCAUUUCGUUCCAAUCGAAGACAACGGAGAGACUGUUGCAGCUGGUGGUAUGGUUGCUGGCGCAGCAAGCGCAGUCCAGAAUCUCUCCAAUUUCCUGCCCUUACCGUACAUGAACACAUCAUCUCUCCAAAGCCCCGCAACACCAGGGAAUGGAACCACAGCAAUCAACGGCAAUGCACAAAUCAUCAUGAACCCCGACGAUAUUCCUGCACCAAAGUACACACCGCCGCCUCCAAGGACGGCGUUCUCCUCGUUCAUAGACCACCCGGAUGAGUUUAUUGUUUUCCUGGAGGCGUGUUUGGAGGAGAAGGGUCUGAAGGAGAGCGACAGGACAGAUCUGUAUACCACAUUGUUCGAGAUGUACCUGCACAAGUCGAACGAGAAGAAGGGAGAACAGCACAGGGAAGAAUGGGAGAACAAGGCCAAGAAGCUCAUCGAGGGCGAGGACAUUCCCAUGGAGAGCUCCAACGUCCUGCUUCUAUCACAUCUGUCCGACUUCAAGGACGGCACAACGCUGGUCAAGGAGCAGUCUGGCCUCCUCUUCGACAUUUUCCGGUCUUACACCUCGGCCAAGGAUACCCGCGGAGCCAUCAAGGCCCUCCGCAAAUACGGGCCUGAGGAGCCACAGCUAUACCCCGCCGCUCUGGCAUACCUCACCUCGGACCCGCGGAUCCUCGAGGAGGCGGGCUCGGAAGAGCUUUCUGCCGUUCUCAACAAGAUCGACAAGGACGGCCUCAUGGCGCCGCUGCAGGUCAUCCAGACCCUCGUGGGCCAGUCGGGCUCGUCGGGCGGCGUCGCGACCAUGGGCAUGAUCAAGCCCUACCUCCACGAGACGAUUGAGCGCGAGCGCAAGGAGAUUGCGGCCAACCGCCGGCGCAUCUCGGCGUUCCGCAGCGAGACGGAGCAGAAGCGGGCGGAACUCGCCGAUCUCGGCUCCAAGCCGGCCGUGUUCCAGUCGACGCGGUGCGCCGUCUGCACGGCGCCGCUCGACCUGCCGGCCGUGCACUUCCUCUGCAAGCACAGCUUCCACCAGCGGUGCCUGCGCGCCGAGGGCGAGUGCCCGCAGUGCGCCAACGACAACGCGACGAUCCGCGCGCUGCGCAAGACGCAGAUCGAGACGGCCGGCAAGCACGACCUGUUCAAGGCCGAGCUGGAGCGCAGCGAGGACCGGUUCGCUACCGUGGCCGAGUGGUUCGGCCGCGGCGUCAUGGGCGCGCCUAGUGCCGAUACGGCGUGA